UAAAAUAAAUAAGAUCGGUCUACUUGCAGCGUCCACGGUGCGACCAAACCACAGAGACCUGUCGAAACCAGCAGUAAUCAUCACAAAAAUGACAACAUUCAACUACUGACACGUAUUAUCGAGGAUAUAAUAUAAUUAAAGAUGAGCGAGGGCAGGCGGACGCAAGUGGUCCUCUUGGAUGACAGGAGAGUGGAGUUACUGGUGCAGCCUAAGCUGCUUUCUGGUGAUCUGCUCGACCUUGUUGCAUCUUACUUCAACCUUAAAGAGAAGGAAUACUUCGGAUUAGCAUUCCAGGAUGAAACAAAUCAUCACAACUGGCUGCAGCUGGAGAAGAAGGUCUUGGACCAUGACUUUCCGACCAAGUCUGGUAUCCUUACCCUCUACUUCAGGGUGCAGUUCUUCAUGGAGAGCAUCAAUCAACUCAGGGACAGUAUUACUAUUGAACUAUUCUACCUACAGGCCAAAGAAUCAGUAUUCAAGGGGGACAUAGAAGCUGAUAGCGAGACUGUAUUUGAACUUGGAGCUUAUGUCUUACAAGCAACAGAAGGAGAUUAUACAAGUGACCAAGAGGCUCACAAGGUGCUGAAGAAAUUACCUGUACUGCCUCAGUUUACACUAAGGGAACAUCCGUCUCUGGCCUACUGUGAAGAAAGGAUACUCUUCUACUACAAACGACUUGGUGGACUCAGCAAAGGCCAGUGUAUUGUAUGUUACAUGCAAUUGGUUGAAGGCCUGCCGACCUACGGAGUUCAUUACUACGAAGUUAAAGAUAAACAAGGUAUUCCAUGGUGGCUAGGACUCAGUUUCAAGGGAGUCUGUCAGUACGACCAGGUCGACAGAGUUACACCCAGGAAGAUCUUCCAGUGGAGGCGGCUACAGAACAUCUACUACAGGGACAGGAAGUUUUCCAUAGAAGUCACUGACCCUAGAAGAGUGGUGCAUACACUGAGCAGCUUCAACCUUUAUCGCGACGCUCUAGAAGAACCAGAAGAAUGUUUUGAUGAUCUGUCAGAUGCUAUAUCUGACCCUACAACUCAAGUAUCAGUGAGUAGACGGACGUUUGGUGUAAGCAACGCCACCGUCCACGCCUGGUACGGACACCCGACCCUGAUCCGGUCUAUGUGGACCAUGGCCGUCAACCAGCAUCAAUUCUAUCUGGACCGCAAGCACAACAAGGAUCGCUAUGCUUCUAUGCAGCGUAGCUUCACCCAGAUUGCCAAUGACAUCACCAAGAGCACAAACUCCUUGACGUCCUCUCAAACGUCCGAGGUGAGCAGUGACCCGGGUCAACCACAGACACCUGCUGGCAAGAUGGACGAUGAGUCUUCAGAGAUUAACGAUGUCAAAGAGAAGGAGAGGGAGAAGGAGAACACCUCAAGAGAGCUGUUAGCCUUAGAAGGAGAGGCAGCCAAGAAGGAUAUUGUGGUAGCACUGAAAGCCAGAAAAUCUGUUCUGCAAGACAGACUUCAAGAAAAACUGGAGGCACUCAAGAAGAUAUGCAUCAACGAAGCUGAGCUGACAGGUGAGCUACCCUUGGAGUACCCACGCAAGCCGGGUGAACAGCUGCCUAAGAUCCAGAGGCGUGUGGCCACUGCCUUCACACUCUCUGCUAGGGUUGUCAAUUCUGGGGAUAGGUCAUGCUCACAGGAGACUCAGAAUCUGAAUCAACUUGAGAGUGAGAUGGAGAUCCAAUCCAAGAUUACCAUUGCAGCCAGAAGACUAGCUGAUGAUCCCACCAUCAGUAAGAAGAACCGCAAGACAAGGAGAGAGUCAUACAAACGCUCUGCUAAAAAGUUGGACUCCAUUGAGAAAAAGCUAGUCGAUAUGAAGCAGAACUUAGGUCUCUUGCCCCAAGACCAAACACCAGCUGAGGACAAGGUUGUACAGUCACACACACUUCCAAGAAAACGAAGUGUACCUUCCACUCCACCACUGCUACGUCCCUUCAAGAUCGGUGAUCGGGGGCGCAGCAAGAAAAAAGAGGACAAAAAUAGUCGUUUGAGAUCCAAGAGUGUCCCAAGACAGUUAUUUGAAAAUGCCUGGAGAUCACCCUCCCUUGGCAGGAGGAAGGAUAAGAUUCCAGUGCGCCCUGUGACACCGGUUGAUAUUUAUAAUGAUAAUGAGAAUGAACCUGUGGCAGUAGCAAAGCCUGAGCCUCAAUGGAGGGAGAGGUUGCAUCAGAGUCAUCAUCAGCAGCAUGCUCAGUCUCAUCAACAAUCCAGGACUCCUGUUUGUUAUGAAACAUCCUUGCAGUCCAUGGCCACAUUGGACAUCAACCAUCAUAGUGACUCAGGAUCAUUCCGUGAUGAUAGUAGCACUUACUCGGAUGGUAGCACCCGUAGCCAGCCAGAGGGUUUUAUGACACAUCCUAGGACUAGUGUAGAUCAUGGCAAUCGAUUGGCGCAAAAUAGACAAUCUAAUUUUUCAUCAUCGAUGGGAGAUGUGACUGCAGUAGCACCCACUAAAUCGAAUCAUAUUAGUAGGACGUCACCCCGCAGAGGUAAGCCCCCUAUACAAAGACGCAUAGACAGAGGACCCCCGCCCGCUUACAAUACUCCAGGAAAGAUAAGGUCAUUUUCUCAGUCAGGACGAUAUUAUGAAUCUCCAGAGGACACGUUAGGACGUGCAGACAUUGAUGCACCUAAAUUGCGUCAGCAUGCAUCAUCCAUGCAUGAUCUACAGUAUGCCUUACAAGGAAACAACCUGCCUGCGUUGAGCGAUGAUGAUUUGGAAUACCACCAGCAACCAACAUCACUCAGCCAGCCACCUUCCCCUAAGAAACAUGCCUCAUUAGGUAACUUAGCUAUGAAGUCAAACAGCUUACCAGGCAGUGAUUAUGAGGAUCAACAGUUGGUGAAUAAUGGCUCGCAUCGAGGCCAAAAGUAUCGUUCCCAUCAGUACCAGAAAUACUCUGGUCAAUCCCAAGACUCUCAAAUUAGACCCAGGGAUGCAUCAGGUAAUUAUUAUACUCAAAAGAACUCCUCGAAUAGGAUGCGCAAUGGUUCUGGGGAUAACCAUCAAGCAUAUAACAAGAACUAUGCCAGUCUUGACAGACUUGGGAAAUCGCGGCUGGAUAGAGACCACAGACCAUCGGUUGAUACCACUGACUCUAUGUAUUACAGUCUAGAUCGGCGUGGCCACCAUUAUAUUGAAGACACCCAGAUCUCUAAUGACUCUAGCUAUGCUAGUUUAGACAGACCCAUGCACAAACCUCCCCUCCCAUCCAACAGUAUAGACGACGUCUCCAUGACGUCAGCAUCCCGACGACGGCACAACUCAUUCUCUUCCCAACGCUCCACCAGCAGCUACUCCUCGCAGGGCUCCUCUAAUCUGUCCAACCACCAGGUACAGCAGCAUCCCCGCACUCCUCUCCAUCAAACAUCCAGUAGUAGCAGUAGACAAUCCGAGUUCUCCGUCUACACCUCCCUGGCUUCCCUCUCCCCAUCAAACUCUUUCUCCAGCAAUGGAGCCGGCUCCUCUCACAACAGCACCUUUAGUGAGCCUCAGGCUGCCUCUAUGUACACCACCUCCACGCCCGUCCAUCUCCAGCCCAAGGUCCAGCAAUCCUAUGGGACUAACAUAGCUAUCAGCAAGGCCCACUACACACCUGCACAACCCAUGUCAUGUGAGCCGGUAUCCAGAUCUAAUAGGCCAUCUCAAACAAGUAGCAGUCUUUCUGAGGAUACUGACUCUAGCCUUCAUUCCUUCACUUCUACUCUAGAAGACAGUCCCGCCCCGUCGCUAUGGAUGCAUGACGACUCCUCACAGUACCCCACAGAUAGGAACCUACCCCGGUCGUACACCCCCUGUAUAGAGGAUGGGUCCUACCAAGGUGAUGCAGGCGAGUCGUUAGCGGAUGGUUUCAGUGAUGAGAUGCUGUCUUGGCUUGAUGAUCAUGAUGGUGCUCAGAAGGCAGGCACUCUAGUAUGAUGAUACGUAUCUAACCCCUGGCUGGGUGGAGGAGGUAUCGUCUAGUUAGGUUAGCUAAAGACCAAUGAAUGCCAUCAUCUCGUCAAGCCAAGCCACCGUCUUGCCUCGUUGACAUUCCAUCACGACAAUCUGCAAUCAUGUCUCAAAUUAUCAGCGAAGAUUAUUCUAUCAACACUUUUCCACUAUCGCUGCAAUAUCCCUACAUGUCAUCUUCUAUCUUGUGAGGUGCUAUGUCAUUGUCAUUACCUUUGAGCAACAAAGGCACAUUAUAAAAUUGUGUUGACAUGUUUUAGUGUCCAAAGAAUGUUUCCCCAUUUAAAACAUCUUUAUUGAUUUGAAAUUAGGUAGCACAAAAAACCAUUAGUUACUUAAAUUUCUGAUAUUUCCCAAGAUUUAAGGAGUGUUGACAGUUGAGACAAUAAUUUCUUAAGUUCUUGCACAAUAAGAGUUUUGACACAAUAUUGCAGUUUGUAAUGUUUUAAAGACAGAAUUUAAAAAUAAAAAAUUCUCAGACUUUUCCUUCAAAAAUAAUAAAGAGACUUUGAACAAAGCUUCUUGUAUCAAUAAUUUACUUAACCAAUCUUACCUUUAUAUUUUUUCUGUUUUGAUACAACUCAUUUCCAAGGAUUUUUAAGCUUUCCCAGUAACUUAGACACAUCCUUUUUGGUUUAUUUUCUUGUAUUGCCUAUUCUGUCUGCGUAAUUUGUUUGUUAUUGUUUCCAGCUGUUUUUCUAUACCGGUUGGUUAUUUAGAAGUCUGUCAUGAUAAGAUAUUCAGAGCGUGUAAUGUGUUGUUGUUUCUUGUGCAAAGAUAGUUUCAUUAUUUCUC